AACACCUCAAGGACAGGAUUAACCAUGAAACUCUAUGUGGCAGCUAUUCUGGCUAUUGUUUUCCUUGAGAACUUCAAUGUGCACAUUGUAAGAGAAACUUUGGGGUCUCAGACGAUGGCAUUGAGCUCCUGUGUAGACUUGGAUCCAUCAGUAAUACAUAUCAGAAGACUUGCUGAUUAUGAAAUACAAACUAGACCAAUAAAAGCUGUAAUACUCAUCACCAGAAGGGGCGUCAAGGUCUGUGUGCCUCAUGAUCGUGACUGGGUGAAGGAAGUUGUCAAAAAGCUGGACGAAAGAAAGGCCAAAAAGGAAAAAAUGACAAUCAGAAGACCUACAGCUGUGACCAGCUAAACUGAAGCAUACUGGCUCAUUGGAGGUUGCUCAUAAUGUGUGCUGUUUAUUGACAGGAAAUAAAGUUUUUGAACCAAUGCUAUUUCACUGGAAUCUAAUUAUGCAUUAAGGCAGAGCAGAUUGAACAAUGAUUGUUUCAUAUUUGCAGUAUACAUUACUAUAGGUUUUUAAAAAAAUAUAUUUAUUAUAGGAAGUCAAUAUUUGUUAUUAUAGCUGUUUAUGGAAUCUUGGGCAGUAUUUAUCAACAGUUUUAUAUUUCGCUUUUUAAUGUUCUUAUCAUCAUAUUCUUAUUAUGUCUUUGAUCCUCCAGAUAGAUGAAUCUAAAAUGUUUUAGGAUAGCAUACAUCUUUUUGUUCUACUCUCAGAUUGACUUAGGUGUUUAAGAAAGCAAUGGCAUGUAUGUGAACAAAAUCUUAAAUUUGGGGCAUCAAAGAGGGAGAAAAUAGCUGAAGAAACCCCAACAGCUUUGAAUCCAAGUAAUGCUACAGUAAUCCUUCAAAGAUCAUAGUUAUUAAAUCCACCAUGCAGCCCCACGGGAAUAGCUUUAUAUGUAUAUAAAAGAAAUAUUGAUCUUUAUAGAAAAUUCCAGGCAUUAAAACAGAUGUAGUAUUAACAAUAAUUUUGUAUUACAAUCAUGGCCCAGGUAAUAUGACUGUAAGGAGUUUAUGGUUGUUCAAAUAUACAAGGAAAUAUCUAAUGCAAGAAACUACUGUAAUAUCCAUGAAGAAACUGAGAACAGGUCUAAGAUGUUAUAGUUAUCUGAAGCCCAGAAUGAGCCAUCACUCUUACAGACUGAUGUACUGUCCACCUACUCACUAUUUGGUGUAAGACAACAAAUACUGUUUCAUGGAUGUGCAAUAUUGUUUUUCACUGUCAUGUGUCUCUCUAAUUGUAUACUCUUUCAUUCUCUUAACGUUUGAAGAAUAUUUAAAUUAGGAUUGCCUUCAGCUAAAAAAAACUUUAAAAAUUGAUUGAGAGACUUCUUAUUAGCUGACCCAUUUCAUGAUUCAUAUGAAUAUGACAGUCAUUGAAGACAGAUAUUCGUGAGGAUAUUUAAAGAAAGCAGUGUAUUCUUUUUAUUAAGAAAAGCUAAAGAAAAUGGUGCAUUCUUUUGAAGGUUAUCUUAAAUGUGAAUGUGAAUGAAUUGCACUGACAUAAAUUUGAACAGAUUAAUUUAAAUCUUGGGUUUUUUAAAAAAAAUCAAUUGUUGACUUUAGAAUACAAAAUAAAAUACA